AAUAUGGGCCCUUCGUCAAUUGACAUUUGGACGAGUUUUUAUUCAAGCCAAUAAUAGGGGCUCGCGUCUACCGUGUUCUCAAAUUUUACAGUAAUAAUCGUUUUCUCUAACAUGACAAGGCCCGGUGAAAAUGGAAAUCGACGACGAUCCCGCAGCAGGUCGCACGAGCAAGACAGGAAAAAGAGACGUUCUCGAAGUCGUGACCGGGAUCGUGAUCGAGAUCGUGCUAAAACUUCUUUCCGUUUCAAGGACUUCGCUCGGCGGGAUCGUGAUAGGGAUCGCGAGCGCGAACGGGAACAGAGAGACCGGGAACGGGAUAAAGAACUAGAGAAGGAGCGUAAUCGGGAAGCAGAAAGAAAGCGAGAACGAGAGAAGGAAAGGGAAAAGCUAAGAGAGCAUGCCACAAAAUAUGCGCAAAGUGUUAGCAGUAGCAGCGGCUUUCGACAAUCUAAGUUCGACCAAAAACCACCAGGAUUUGCUGAUAAAGAUGUUGCAAAGAAGCCACCGAAGGAAGAAUCAAAAGAUAAGGAGGAUACAUUCGAUUUAUCAGUUCCAAUGGAUAAGGAAGAGGAACAACGAAGAUUAGAGCAGGAAAUGACUAGGCGUAGGGAAAGAAUUGAACGUUGGCGUGCAGAGAGAAAACGAAAAGAGAUUGAGAUAAGAAAGCCGCCAAUUUCGAAUACUGUCGAUAUACCAAAAAAGUGGAGCUUGGAAGAUGACGAAGAAGAUGACGAGGAUGAUGAAAAAGAUAAGACAGGAAAGGAUAACGAUGGGGAGGAUGAUGUUGAUCCUUUGGAUGCUUUCAUGAAAGAAGUAAACGAUGAAGUGCGAAAAGUCAAUAAACUUCCAAAUGCGGUUUCUCAAACAGAUGGCAAAGCUUCUUCAAAUUCUGGUGUAACUAUUAUUACUGGGAUAGCAAAGAAAAACGUAGAAACCGUGAAAAAAGGAGAAUUGAUUGAACAGAAUCAAGAUGGACUUGAAUAUUCGUCCGAAGAAGAGCAGGAAGAUAUUAAGGAUACUGCAGCCAAUUUGGCUAACAAACAGAAGAAGGAGUUGGCAAAAAUUGACCAUUCUGGAAUUAAUUAUUUACCGUUCCGAAAGGCGUUUUACGUUGAAGUUCCGGAAAUAGCAAAAAUGAAACAAACGGAGGUUGACGCGUACAAAACAGAGUUAGAAGGCAUUAGUGUCAAAGGAAAAGGCUGUCCUAAACCAAUCAGAACGUGGGCUCAUUGUGGUGUUUCUAAGAAAGAAUUUGAUGUUCUUCGUAAGUUGGGUUUUGAAAAACCGACGCCUAUUCAGUGUCAGGCAAUUCCUGCAAUAAUGUCCGGACGAGACCUAAUCGGCAUUGCCAAAACUGGAAGUGGCAAAACGUUGGCAUUUAUUCUUCCAAUGUUCAGGCAUAUUUUAGAUCAGCCACCGCUGGAAGACGGGGAAGGUCCGAUGGCUAUCAUAAUGUCACCGACCCGUGAGCUUUGUAUGCAAAUCGGGAAAGAUAUUAGAAAGUUUGCCAAAUCUUUGAACGUGCGUGCAGUUUGUGUCUACGGUGGAACAGGUAUUUCGGAACAGAUUGCAGAAUUAAAAAGAGGGGCAGAAAUUAUUGUAUGUACUCCAGGUCGGAUGAUUGACAUGCUAGCUGCUAAUUCUGGUCGCGUUACUAAUCUGCGUCGAGUAACCUAUGUAGUGCUAGAUGAAGCAGACCGUAUGUUUGAUAUGGGUUUUGAACCACAAGUUAUGCGAAUCAUUGACAAUAUUAGGCCAGAUAGGCAAACAGUCAUGUUUAGUGCCACUUUUCCCAGGCAAAUGGAAGCUCUUGCUAGACGUAUUUUAAUGAAACCUAUCGAAAUUCAGGUUGGAGGACGAUCGGUGGUCUGCAAAGAGGUUGAACAGCAUGUGGUAGUUUUGGAGGACGACGCAAAAUUUUUUAAACUGUUAGAAUUAUUGGGGUUGUACCAGGAACUUGGAAGCAUUAUUGUGUUUGUGGAUAAGCAGGAAAAUGCUGACAUUCUGCUGAAGGAUCUAAUGAAGGCUUCCUAUCCUUGUAUGAGUUUGCAUGGUGGCAUCGACCAGUUCGAUCGAGAUUCAACGAUCAUCGAUUUCAAACAAGGUCGCGUUAAGUUACUUAUCGCUACAUCCGUUGCUGCUCGGGGAUUGGAUGUAAAACAGCUAAUACUGGUUGUAAACUACGACUGUCCAAAUCACUAUGAAGAUUACGUUCAUAGAUGUGGUCGAACAGGUCGAGCUGGAAACAAAGGUUUUGCAUGGACUUUCCUCACCCAUGAGCAGGGCCGUUACUCUGGAGAUAUCAUUAGGGCUUUGGAGUUGUCUGGUGGAACUGUGCCUGAUGAUCUCCGCAGUUUGUGGGAAACGUAUAAAACAACCCAAGAAGCGGAAGGCAAGAAGGUGCACACUGGUGGUGGUUUCAGCGGAAAGGGUUUUAAAUUUGAUGAGCAAGAGGCAGCCGCUGUCAACGAACGUAAAAAGGCUCAAAAAGCCGCUCUUGGGCUGCAAGACUCUGACGAUGACGACGAUCUCGAGCAAGAUAUAGAUCAGCAUAUCGAAAGUAUGUUUGCAACUAAACGAAUUGUGAAAGAGGUGGAAGCUCCUGUCAUUCAAACGCAAGCAGUUACGAUUCCUGUACCAGCGAAUCCCAACUCAGACAAAUUAGAACUAGCCAAACGGCUUGCAUCUCGUAUUAAUCUUCAGAAAAAUCUGGGCUUUGAAGCUAAGGGGGCCACACAACAGGUGGCAGAAGCUAUUUUCAAAGGAGGAAGUACACAACAGCUUAUUACGGCGAAAACAGUGGCCGAACAGCUGGCUGCAAAGCUCAAUAAUAAACUUAACUACCAGCCAAAAGACGAAGAUGAAAUACCUGUGGAAUCGAACGAGACUGUUUUUCGGAAGUACGAAGAAGAAUUGGAAAUUAACGACUUUCCUCAGCAGGCUCGGUGGAAAGUUACUUCCAAAGAAGCUCUUGCUCAAAUUUCUGAAUAUUCCGAGGCAGGUCUUACGGUUCGUGGUACUUAUGUCCCGACGGGUAAAACACCACCAGAAGGCGAACGUAAACUGUAUUUGGCCAUUGAAAGUUGUUCUGAAUUGGCGGUAACAAAGGCCAAGCGCGAAAUAACACGGCUCAUAAAGGAAGAACUAUUGAAGUUGCAAGCUUCUUCUCAUCAUGUUAUCAACAAAUCGCGGUACAAGGUGCUCUAGUUAAUAUGAGCAUAUGUCGGUUCAACGUUUAGUAGAAUGCUGAAACUUUGAAUCUAUCUUCGAAACUAUUAGAAAUACCAUAAUACAGGAAGGACGUUUAAUUUUUUUCCUGUCA